CGUUGGUACAAGGUGAAGGAAAAAGAGGCAGGGGAGUCUCCAUGCUGGCUUUUAAAAGCUUCCUCCGUGGCAGCAGAGCCACACUGAGGUCUGCUCAGGUGAGAGCAGAGGUGCAGGGAUCCACUGACCAUUGGAUUCUCCAACUGUUGAACCUAUGCUGUAGGACAAAGAUCACGGCUUUGUAAAGGCUUCACGCGCAGCUUGCUGCUGAGUACAGAAGACCUCAGCGAGGGGGAGACUUUCUCUGUGAGGUUGCACAGCCAGGUCCAUGCUGACUCCUGUCAUCCUUUUGGGAUUUAUUGCCCUCAUUGGCACUUCCAGGGGCUCGUCUCCCUUCUUGCACUCAAUAAACCCUCACCUGCAUCCUCGCCUGUACCACGGCUGCUAUGGGGACAUCAUGACCAUGGAGACCUCUGGGGCGCUCUGUAACAUAAAGAGUUUGCUUCACUGCGGGAUACGUGGUUCAGAAAUGUUUGCUGAGAUGGAUUUGAGGACCUUGAAGCCCUACCAGACUCUGAUCAAAGAAGUGGGACAGAGGCAUUGCGUAGACCCUGCUCUCGUCGCAGCCAUCAUCUCCAGAGAAAGCCACGGAGGAGCUGUUCUGCAAAACGGCUGGGACCACAGAGGCCUUAAAUUCGGCUUGAUGCAGCUUGAUAAACAGAUUUGCCACCCAAUUGGUGCCUGGGACAGCAAAGAACACCUCUUACAGGGUGUUGAGAUACUAGCAGACAGAAUUAAGGCAAUCCAGAAAAAAUUCCCCACAUGGAAUAUGGUUCAACAUCUCAAAGGUGGACUCUCAGCCUUUAAGUCAGGAAUCGAAGGCAUUGACACACCUGCAGACAUAGAUGAUGACUACGUCGAUGAUGUUAUUGCCAGAGCUAAAUUUUAUAGACAUCAUGGUUACUAGGCAAAGCUCUGUAAUUGGGUCAGGUUGGCAAGGUACCAGGUGGCCUCUUUGAAAGUUUGAUAUGAAUGUGUUGCACUCAACACUGACAAAGAAAUGGUACAAAUUAUAAAAGAAAAUUCAUUUGCCAACUUCCUUAAUGAAAAUAAUAAGCAGUUAAAAAAAAAAAAACCCAGCCCCCCUAGGGGUAUGUGUUGGCUUAGUGGUGAACACCAGUUAAGACGCUUGUAUUUGAUACCUGCUCCAGCUCCUGACUAUGACUUCCUGCUAAUGUGGACCCGGGGAGGCAGCAGUGAUGGCUCCAGUACUUGAGUUCCUGUCACUCACACAGGAAACCUGGAUUGAGUUCCUGGCUCCCUGGCCAUUGUGUGUAUUUGGGGAGUGAACCAGCAAAAGACAACUCUCUCUUUGUCUUUGUGACUCAAACAGACAUGAAAGAAAGAAAAGAAAAUCCUCCUCGUUCACAAUAUGAUUCCCAAGAAAUGUACAAAGAGUCUUCAAAAGGUUCAUGGAAAAUGUGUAUUACAAGAAAUUUUGUGUGAAUUAAAAAUGUUUUGUACCAAAAAAAACUUAAGUCUUUUAAUUCCACUUCCAAAAAACUUUUUGAAGUACCCUUGUACAUACAAUAGCUUUGUAGCCACUGUGAACAUCAUGACAGGUGACAUCCACAUGCUCCUGUGCGGUCUCAUAUAACCCAUGAUUUCAAUGUCCCCUACUCCUCGUCUACCAGAAUUGCUAACGAGAAGUGAAGUGAGUCUGGUAUGAGCCUCUGUCCUCUCCUCAUUAUCUUCCCAAACCACUGUGGCUUUGCUUACGAGACUAGUCAGCCAGCUCCCGGGACAAGGGAGAAGUUAGGGAUGGAGCUGUGGCUUCACAGGUUAACACAGAGCUGACCAAGAUAAAGUGAUCUUCAAGUCACAUCCAUCACAUUCCUCAACCAUACCAACCUCCUGUGUCUUCUCGUUUUUUUAAAAGAUUUAUUUAUUUACUUGAAUGUCAGAGAGAGCGAGAGAGAGCAAGAGAGAGAGAGAGUCUUCCAUCCACUGGUUCACUCCCCAAAUGGCUGCGACAGCAGGGCCUGAGCUCAUUGGAAACCAGAAGCCAGAAGCUUCUUCUGGGUCUCCCACGUGGUGCAGGGGCCCAAGGACUUGGGCCAUCUUCUACUGCUUUCCCAGGCCAUAGCAGAGAGCUGGAUCGGAAGAGGAGCAGCUGGGACUUGAACUGGCGUCCAUAAGGGAUGCCAGCACUGCAGGGGGCGGCUUUACCUGCUACACCACAGUGGCGGCCCCUUCUCUUGUUUUCAAAAGAUCCAGGGACUGAUUCCCCUUGGUUACUUUGUUCUUUGGUUUUGCUCAACCUACCCAAAAUUUUCCUUCUUCUUGAAGGAAACCAGGUGCUAUUUGUAGCCUUUACUUCCAUAAUCAGGAGAGGAUACAAACAAUUGUAUGCUGGAGUGGAAAAGUCACAACAUCCUUGCUGACGUGGCUGGGCGUUUAAGUUCAAUGAAUGUUUCUACCCAUCACUACUCUCGGAAGCAACCAACAUCAUACUCACCUACCUCUGAGCCACUUUGGGGAAUGCCAGGUAAACCCUUUCCUGCCCAAUGACUUCUCAACCUACCCUGAAGAUCUGAACCAGGCAGAAUGAGAAAUAACUGUUUCCCUAGGAAGAGCCAACAGUCAGUGUGGCAGUGAUACAGCGUACAGUCCUGCAUCUCUUGUGAUAGUUUGAGGUCCACAUUGUCACAGCUGCUGAGUAUUGUGAACACCAUCCUGGCAAGUGAGCAAUCCACAUGUCUACUUCGAUUAAGAAUGACUGCUUCGGGGCCAGCACUGUGGUGUAGCAGGUAAGGCUGCCGCCUGCAGUGCCGGCAUCCCAUAUGGCCGCUAGUUCAAGUCCUGGCUGCUCCACUUCAGAUCCAGCUCUCUGCUAUAACCUGGGAAAGCAGUGGAAGAUGGCCCAGGUCUUUGGGCCCCUGCCCCAACGUGGGAGACCAGAAAGAAGCUGCUGGCUCCUGGCUUCAGAUGGGCUCAGCUCCAGCCGUUGCGGCUCUCUGGAGAGUGACCCAGCAGAUGGAAGACCUCUCUCCCUGCCUCUUCUCUCUCUGUGUAACUCUGACUUUCAAAUAAAUAAAACUUUUUUUUUUUUUUGACAGGCAGAGUGGACAGUGAGAGAGAGAGACAGAGAGAAAGGUCUUCCUUUGGCAUUGGUUCACCCUCCAAUGGCCACUGCGAUUGGCGCGCUGCGGCUGGUGCACCGCGCUGAUCCACGGCAGGAGCCAGGUGCUUCUCCUGGUCUCCCAUGGGGUGCAGGGCCCAAGUACUUGGGCCAUCCUCCACUGCACUCCCUGGCCACAGCAGAGAGCUGGCCUGGAAGAGGGGCAACCAGGACAGAAUCUGGCGCCCCGGCCGGGACUAGAACCCGGUGUGCCGGCACCGCAAGGCGGAGGAUUAGCCUAGUGAGCUGCGGCGCCGGCCAAAAUAAAUAAAUCUUUAAAAAAAUGCUUCUUGGCUUUUCCUCACAAGCAUGCAUUCACUUCAUUAACAGCACCUGCAAAAUCACUCUACAGUGAUAAUGCUGGGGAGUGGGGCUAAUCCCCUGCUACUCUGAGCUGACAAGCAAGCACGCAACACACUUCACUGCAUUUCUAAGUAAAAGAGGCUGCAGGGAUAGAAAGGCAGACACCAGCAGUUGGAGGUCAACUGGGAAUUCUGAAGGGUUCAGGAAUAUGGGAGGUACUGAUGAUAUCUCCAUCACAAGGGCGAGGCACACCUGGAGGUUUGGACUAUCCCUCCAACAUGGUUUGCCUGCAUCUAUUACUUAACAACUUGCUAAGAAUAAUCUGGGAAUAACACAAAAGCCUCAUUAUGCCUUAUGAUUUCCAUGGCAAGCUUCUCCACAAUCUGUUAGAAACACAAAUUAGAUAUAACAGAACUGCCUGCUUCAUCCUCUUCCCCAUCUCCAGCUCAACAGCUGGCCUCCGGAAUUUACCGAGAACAGUGUCAAAGCCGUGGGACUUGCGUGGCACCACCAACUAUUCCUGUGUCUUCAGAAACCCUCAACUUCUUUAUAUUGUUUGCUGUGCUCCUUUCAUGGAUAAUGAAUUAUUUCAUAUCUGCAUACUACUGCGUAAAACAUCACUUCUUCCAGUAGUUCAAAAACUAGGCUUCCAUUGGGAGAUGAAUAAAGAUUGUCUUCUAGUUUUCAAAAUAAAAAUCUGAAAACAUUUCCCCCGUGGAUCUUUCAUGAUUACAUUCUU